AUGGACGUCCUUCACGUAUCAUGCGGCGCAGUAGCAGCCAGCAGUUCAGCCGGAGCGAAUCCGCUGGAUCGGGCCCCACGACGUCGGCGAACUGGGUCUGGGAGGGACGUCAUGUUCCCUCUUUCUGUGAACCGGUGGCGCGAUGAUCUCUCUCUAACGUGGUGCACCGCGCAGAGGAGGAAUGAAGCGUCGUAUGCCUUGGAAGAUAAAGAAGAUCCAGAGACGGUGGAGGCUGAAGAGUUGACGGGUAUCAAUAUUCUUACCGUGAAUGAGAUGACUUUUACCCCUUUGGGCCGUUUGUCAGACUACCUCUCGUUUUCUACCGUUCUCUCCCUUAUUUUUUAUAUUUUCAAUUUACUGACGGGUUUCAGAAAAGAUUCCCGUACUCUACUAUGGUCCAACAGGAUUCAGAUAAGUUCUCUCUAAAUACCGUCGUUCAAUCUAAUGACUGUGCUUAUGUCCAGCACCAUGACGUGUUGACAAAAUGGCACGUGAAUAAAAUGCUUGGGCAGAAUAUUCCAAUGUUUCAGGCGGAUAAUAAAAUGAUAUUUAUAAAUAAUUUGAGCUUCAGAACUUGAAGCUUCUUACGAUUUGAGAUUAUUUAUUUAAGUCAAAACACUAGAGCGGAAACCAGUGUUUUGCAUCCCGCAGUCGCUUCGCAAACCUGGAGUGGCACGCCCUUAUAAUUUUACGAGCAUUUGCACAUUCUUCGAGAAAAAGAUUGCGAGAAACUCAUUUGUUAUGCUUUACCUUCACAAUCGCCGCCUAACCUAAUGUCCUCUUUUAAACAAUUUAAAGAUGGACUGAUAUGACUUUAACCAUUAGACUGGAAAAUGCAUUUUUCCUCUCUCUCUCUCUCUCUCUCUCUCUCUCUCUCUCUCUGUAGAAGGGAAAUAUGAUUGAAAAUAUGGAGAGAGAGUACCGACGUCUUGAUUGUGGGUAGAACGUCAAUCUUGUAAAUAGUGUGACAAUUUAGUAUACAAAGAUGCUAUCCUUACUUGCUUCGACUAAUUUUGUCCAUAUUUUCCGGGCUGAUAGCUAAGCAUUUUAACUUUGUUGCAGGGAGAAUAGAACUUCCCAGUGUUGGUUCCACUGAAGUUACCAUGAGUGAAGACGAAUAUGAGGAUGUUAUCGAGGAGGAUCAAGCACAAAUAGGAAUAAGGCUUAACAUUGUUUUUGUUACUGCUGAAGCUGCUCCUUACUCCAAGACCGGUGGUCUGGGAGAUGUCUGUGGUUCUUUACCUAUAGCCCUUGCUGACCGUGGUCAUCGUGUCAUGGUAGUUUCACCAAGGUAUUUACAUGGUGUAUCCGACGUGAAUAUUGCUCGCGCUGCUGAUGUUGGGUCCAAAAUUAAGAUUUCGUGCUUUGGAGGAGAGCAUGAAGUUGCAUUUUUUCAAGAGUAUAGAGCUGGCGUCGACUGGGUAAGAAUAUCACAUUUUUUUGGCAAUAAAUUUCUGAUGAAGUUCCAAGUUCUAUACCUAUGGACCAUAGACGCGUGUCCAUCAUUCGUCAAACUUUGAGGAAACUGCAAUUUUUUUCACAAUCCUAAAGUGGAGAUAUAAGCAAGUACUUGAUAAACAUGGUUCGACAUGUGUCUGAUUCAUCUGAUUCCCAAAAUUAUUUUUCACUGCUUUGAUUAACUGUACGCGGCACCAAAGUGCCUUGCAAAACAGUGGCAUAUUAAUAAAAUCCCCUCUUUUAUGAAUUCGCCCAGUCACGCAUAUUGCAUAUAUUUGUAUUUAAAUUUCAUGAUUUUUUGUUGAAAUGACUGAUUUAUGUCGUCAUGUAGGGUUGCAUUUAUUUACUUGUAUUCCAUCCUUCUUUCUAGCCUUCUUUACCUUAGAUCGUGGAAUGUUUCUCUGCUGCCACAUAUAUGGAAGAGUUUCCAUCUAUUUUUUUAUGUAUUUGAGUUGAGUUCUUAGAUAUUUUUUUGUUCUAUAUGACAGGUCUUUGUUGAUCAUCCUUCAUAUCGCAGAGCAGGAAACCCAUACGGUGACAAAUACGGUGCAUAUGGUGACAAUCAGGUAUAUUUUUACAAAUGUAAAUAUAGUCUUGGGAGUGUUCGCAGUGUCGUGUUCUGCAGCUAUGCACAUGGUGAAUACAGUCACCCCUGGAUUGAGUAUAUAUUGCAAUAUAGUCUUUUUGGCCAAUGGCCUAAGAAAUUUUAACAUUACUUCUAAAGACUAUCGUUAAGGUCAUCAGUAAGCAAUAUUUCCGUUUCUUUUGCAUUGUGAUAGAUAAUGGCCAGUUGAACAUUUAUUUUGACUUCACACUGACGCCUACCCUCUACUAUUUUAUUUUAUUUUCUAUCUUGAUUUUUCAAUCGCUCUAGCUAUCAUUUAAUAAAGCUGUCCAUUGUAAAUUUAUUGUGACUUUUUUAUGGGAUUUGUAAUUCUUAAUAUGUGAUGCACAGGAUGGUCUGGGCAACCUUUCUGUUCUUAUUUGCUUUUAUUCUUGUCAGUUAUGGUUCAACACAUUUCUUUCUUCUUUCCAUGAGAAAUAUCAGUACAGAAAGAAUAAUCAUGGGGUUUACCUUCUAAGUUUUGAAGCUCUCUCCUAGAUAUCUCAUUUUCAAGCCAAAGCAAGGUACUAUUGAAGUAAUUUUUGAUAAAAAAUUAAGUUUUUUCUAGCGAUGUUGGCUUUUUCCCUUUCAGACAAUUGUGCUAGAAGAAAUAUCACGAAUUGAUUAAAAAAAAUUGGCUCUAUCUACAUGUUUAUUAUAGAUUUCGUGGAUGGUAGUGAUCCUGAGCAAUCUAUCUGUUUACAGUUUAGGUUCACACUGCUUUGCCAUGCAGCAUGUGAAGCUCCGCUUGUACUACCCUUGGGGGGGUUUACUUAUGGAGAAAAAUGCUUGUUCCUCGUCAAUGAUUGGCAUGCAGCCCUUGUACCAGUGUGAGCAAGCCAUCUUCCUUAUUUCCUCGUUGUCUUUAUUACAUCUCUUGAUAUUGUCUGUGCUUUGAAUAGCACGUGUUGGUGAAAUUUUGGGAACUUUUUCUUCAAUUUUAUUAGGGAGCGUGGAUAAAAGAUUUGUCAUAUAUGUUGCACUAAACCACAGUCAUAUCAAUAUGACCUGUAAUCUUAAUUAUAUCAUUUGUGAAAAAAUACGAAUGGAUGUAAAACGUUGCUUUUAUAGAUUUUAUUAGGGUUACAGAUCAUUUUGGACCUUUUGGAUAUUCUUUAUUUUCCUCAGACCGUUUCAUUUGGAUUCAUUUCAUGGUUGUUUGUUUUCCACCAUAUGAAAAAUCCGACUGUUGGUCUGUUUUGGCAUUGUUAGAAAUUGAAGAUAUAUUUGAAGGAUAUGAAGCGUGAAUGCUUUAAACCUGUGUAGAAAAUAUUUUAGGCAUUUUUUAUUUUUUUGAGAUGGUUUUACUGAAGUCUAUACUUGAGGCAUCCCUCCUGACAUCAUAGUGCUUACAACAGGGGGGGAAAUUGACUGCAGGGAAACGUUUUUAGGUCUUUGUGUUUUUCGAUAUUGUGGAGGUUGUUGUAAUAUAUAUCAUGGUCCAUGAUAAGUUUAUUGGUUUGGCCUUGUCUCAUGAAACGGUUCUCAAUACUGAUUUAAUAUUUUCGAUGCCUAUUUUCUAGAUCUGUUGUAUUUAAUGCAGCUCUGUGUAUUCUUGUGUUCUAUAUUGAAAACGUUUUCACGCUGUAUAAAUCAUAUUCAAAUCGAUUUGUCCAUGGGUGAUCACAAAAGGUUUUCCCAUUCGUCAGUUGUUUGUACUCUUUUCAGCGCAGAAAGAAAAAUAUCAUGCAAGAAAUAACAUAUUGCUUUCAUUUAUUCGUUAUGCCAUAAUGAGUACACACUUCAAUGUUCAUUGGUGGCAUGUUCAGUUCAGAUUUGAGAAUUUCCGCCUGCAGUCUUGUUGUGGAUUUAAAGAGUUACAUGUGUGUGCUACAUAUGAUCACUGUUCCAUGAAAGGAUAUUACGUGCCACAUUGGAUGCUUUUAAACUAUGCAAGGAUUUUCUGUCACAAAGGUGUACAGAAAAUAUUUUAACUUUCCCAUGAGAAAAUUACCAACAGAAAAUGCAAAAUUUGCUCACGGUGCAUUCCGUUAUGGCUUGACCAAUGCAUCAUAGUCAUCUAAUUAGAUUUUAGACAGCUUGAUUUUUUUAAUCAAUUUUCAUCUUCCACCGUCCACAAAAGACUUGUUUUUUCCACUAAAACUCCAUUUAGCCUCAUUCACAAGUCCAUAUUUUAUUGUCCUCAGUCAGAAUGGCAUGAGUGAUCGGUUUGUUGUCACCUUCCUAUCAGACGUUUGUUAUAAAAUAGAUAUUUUUUUAUCACAGCUAUCUUCCCCUUGUCUACCAAAUAUAAUGGGAAAUACUUUGUAAGGUUAUUCUUUUAAAAUAAAGAUUUAAAGGCAGAUAUGAGAGCGUAAAGCAUUAUGGCUCUGAUAUUAAAGGUUGAAUUUUAUUAGAAAAUUCAGAUUUUUUCAUCUCCGUUGGUGAAAUAUAUCAGUGAAACCCAAAGGGUGUGGAUAUCUGGAAGCAGUAAAGACGCCUGAUGCUAUUUUUAUUUUUGCCUUACCAACUGCGACAUAAUGUUACGAUAAUACGAAUUCUUUCAUGACCAUUAGGAUAUACUAUUGGUGUGAGAAAUUAGAUAUGCAAUCGUUUUCAACUUAAGCAUGGUUGCUUAUGUUGAUACUGUGAGGAACCAAACAUUUUUUUGCAAUAAUUUUUAUUUAAAACUAUGGUUGCUUAUGUUAAUUUUACCAUUUUAAAAUUUUAGAGGCUCUUAAUACAUCAUCGUCUUGUUUAUGUUAUCUAUUGAAUUCUUAUUCAUCAUUUUCUUGUUGACUACUGGUUUAUUUUUUACAAACGAAUGGAUAAAUGGACAUCAUAUUUCCUAGUUUGGGUGUUUUCUCGUAUAUUACUGCUUACUUCAUAGUUUUCUCACUGCCACCAGUCUUUUAAGCGCAAAGUAUCGACCAUAUGGUGUUUAUAAAGAUGCUCGGAGCAUUCUUGCCAUUCAUAACCUUGCACAUCAGGUAUCAUCUGAAUCAUCAUCAUUUCUAAUAAUGAUAAAUUUGAAUUCUAUCCCUUAGAUUAUAGUCUCUAGUUCAUAGCCUUUAGAUCGAAUGGCUUUCUGGAUGAUAGACCAUCCUUCAUUUCCUUGAGGCAAACUUUGGACUAAAGCAAUACCCAUGGUAAUGUGCUGUUAGUCUGAAGUUGAUUACAAGGAAUGACGUUCUUUUAGAUGUGAUCAAAGAUCAAACGCAUUUGUUUUUUCCAUUAGCAUUUAUCCUCUUUGUCGUUUAUUAUUACUGCGAAUGUUUAGAGCCGAUAGAAUAAGAUUGAACUUGAAAUGGCUCUGGUUAAAACAUUGGACGUGGCCAAAGUUGCUCUUGUUGAAUUUCCAAAGAGAGGCAUAUGAAAAAUGCAUCUCAAAGAGUAAAAAAAGUAGAGUGGGUAGGAUGAUUUAAUCUGCUUUAGCAUUCGUCCUAAUGAAAUUACCGAUCUGCCAUUUUUUAUCAUUUCUAUUUUUUUUACUUUUCCUAAGUUGGCAAAGCAUUUUUAGUUAUCUAAAUUUAUUUAUUACUUCUUCAUUAACAUCAUCGUCGAUGUCAUCUCUUACUAUUGAAUGUUCAAGGGAGUGGAACCAGAUACAACAUUCCCAAAUUUAGGCUUGCCAUCUGAAUGGUAUGGUGCUCUGGAGUGGGUAUAUCCUACCUGGUCAAGGGCACAUGCUCUUGACCCAGGUAAAGCGGUCAAUAUUCUAAAGGCGGCAAUUGUAACAGCUGAUCGCAUAGUUACAGUUAGUCAGGUUGACUUUCUGCUCUGUUGAUAAGCAUAUUACAUUAUUCUUAUGUUAAUUGCCAAGUAAAAUGUGGGAAAUGCUGCGUGAAUUUCUUAUGCAGGGUUAUGCUUGGGAAAUAACGACUCCUGAGGGAGGUAAUGGCCUUGAUGAACUUCUUAGAACCCGAAAGCGGGUGCUCAAUGGUAUUCCCUAAUACUUGGAUUAAGGAAUUUCAUGAGAGGAUCAAUUCUUUAUAUUACUGACUGGAUUGCACAACCAGGAAUCACUAACGGAAUCGAUGUUGAUGACUGGGACCCUGCUUCAGACAAACACAUCCCGUUUCAUUACUCUGUCGCGGAUUUAUCUGGAAAGGUGAGGUUGAGAAGCUCUUAAUAUCAAGAAUAUUAAUAAGCAUCGUCCAAUAAAGCUUUUGUUCCAAUUUCCAAAAUUCAUCACGACUUGACCGUCCUGCAUUUAUUUGUCUUGUCAAUUAGGUCAAAUGCAAGAUGGCUUUGCAGAAGGAAUUAGGUCUUUCCAUUCGUCCUGAUUGUCCAUUGGUGAGUGUAUUCCAUCAAGUACAUUUUUUUGCUAUCACUCUACUUAUCUGAUCGGAUUUCUUGCAGAUCGGUUUCAUUGGAAGGUUAGACAUGCAGAAAGGGACUGAUCUAAUCAUGUCAGCAAUGCCAGACCUGUUGCAAGAUGACAUACAAUUUGUAAGUGAAUGACUGUCUUAACGGUUUCCCUGAAACUUCUGCAUGUUUAUUUUGGGGUUUCAAACGUCAGAGGUCUCCUUAGAAUGCAGAAAGGGACUGAUCUAAUCAUGUCAGCAAUGCCAGACCUGUUGCAAGAUGACAUACAAUUUGUAAGUGAAUGACUGUCUUAACGGUUUCCCUGAAACUUCUGCAUGUUUAUUUUGGGGUUUCAAACGUCAGAGGUCUCCUUAGAACUUUCUAGUAAUUUAUUGGACUAGAGCCGGAUGCACUCAAAACGUUCUGCUCCACUAUGGUUGUUAUUGGGUGAUGAGAGGAUUAUUUUCGCAUUUUCCUUUUCUAUACGAUUGUAGUCUAUUGGCUAAUUGUCCGGGUUCCAGAAAAGAUGAAUGUGCUAAGAUAUAAAAACUUCUGUUUUUGGUAUAUCCCUUUUAACUCUCUAGCAUGUUAGAGCAGGAAUUUCUAGGCAAAUAGGAUGAAAGAAAAAAAUGGUGAUAAUGAGUUUAGGGAGGUUUCUAGGCAAAGUUUACAAUCUCUAGGAUGAUAGCGUUCUUUCCAAUGUUGAACUGGCGCCUAUAAAAAAAAAAACCAGGCCUCAUACUCUUUUCCAGCAGACCUCAUUCUUGUUCGGAAUGGCCAGGAAGUUCUACACCUUGUUUCUGUUCUCCGCUUUCCGCAAUUGAUGAUUUUUGCUUGGCUAUGGUAUUCACCGGCAUCCUAUCCUAUUCGUCUAAGAGUCAUUCCAAACUCAGGUCAUGCUGGGCUCCGGAGAUCCUGGUACUGAACAAUGGAUGAAAGCCUCAGAGUCUGCUCAUAGAGACAAAUUCCGUGGAUGGGUUGGAUUUAACGUCUCUGUUUCUCAUCGGAUCACGGCUGGGUAACUUCACUGUUUUUCCUCUCAACUCGAUAGUUUGCUAAGACAUUAAAAAAGCAUCAUGCGGACGUGAUUCUUGUGUCGGACAGGUGCGACAUACUCUUAAUGCCCUCUAGAUUCGAACCCUGCGGUCUCAAUCAGUUGUACGCCAUGAGAUAUGGAACCGUUCCGGUCGUCCACUGCACUGGGGGCCUAAGGGUAAAUAUCUGGGACCUGAGAAGAACACGAGAAGAAUUCUUUGCUCUGAUCCUCGUUUCAUCAUUACUUCAGGACACCGUAGAGAAUUUCAAUCCAUACGCCGAUGAAGGCCGUGGUGAAGGCACUGGGUAUGAGUCUCCGUCUUCGUAUUAGCCUACAGUUCUAUUAGCGGUUCCUGACGUGACCUUUUUGGAUUCCGACAGGUGGACGUUCUCACCCUUGUCCAAAGACAGCAUGCUGAGGGUACGUCUAGUCCAUUCAUUCACAUGCUCCUCCAUUGAUUUGCCUUGAAUCGGAACACUACCAGUUUUUGACUUCCCUUGCGGCCAAGGCUCGUAACCCGUUGACUAUUUUACACGCGGUCGUUGUACUUGCCUCCAUUUACGAUGAUUCAUUCUCCAUUCCCGCCUGCGCAAAAUAAUGGGUUCUUGAUGAUUGACGCAGGCGGUGAAGGUGGCAACCCGGACGUACAGAGACCACAGCGUCUCCUGGGAAGGAAUCAUGAAGCGAGGGAUGGCGAAAGAUCUCACCUGGGACAGCGCCGCCGCGCAGUACGAGCAAGUCGCCCAGUGGGCCUUGGUCGAUCCGCCCUACGCCAGAUAA